AUGGAUUUCGACCAUUAUGUUGCCGAUUACCAAAUGAUCUCUGAUCCAAAAAAUUGGAGCGCUCUGGAUUGUCUACAUUCUCUCAAAGAACGCGUAGAUUUUAGCUCUGAUAGCAAAAAUGACAUCCUUAAGGCGUUUAGAAGAAGAUUUAAGAAUGUCAGUCAAUCUACAGCAAUACUAGCUGGACCCAAAAAGAAGGCAGGAAGGUUACAUGCGACCACCAAAGAAAGUUUCAAGAGAAGGGAAAUCAUAGACUUCUUUGAAAAGCAGGACCAAGCAUUCGCGAUGCGAAAAAAUGACAGGGAUGUUUUCCAAGCCGUUGAUAGCGCAAAAGCAGCGAUCGCAAAGUCCGCAAAAACGCAACUUAUGAGAACGUUAGACGGGCCUAUAAUAGAAGGCCACAUCAGUGUUGCUGGGCAUAAGCGUCAACGAGAUCCUGCAGAAGAUGAUACAGAUGACGAUACCGAGGAUGAUACGGAGGGCAAAAACAAGACACUGAAAAAAAAGAUUCCGUUACAGAAUACGCUCCCAAGGCUUCAGCAAGAAACCAACACUCUAUUACAUGAAGAUACAGUCACCCAUUCCGCUGAGCAUGACGAUUGCAACGCUGAGGGCGAACCCCACAGAAAUGUGGCAGAGGAUGAAAACGUAACGGAGGAUAUCGAUGAUCAAGCCCUCUUGGCGAGGAAUCUUUUAGAUGAAGCGCAAGAAAUUCCAUUAGAGUUAAAAAACCUUCUUGACGCCUUUCAAACAUAUUGUCAGGGAUCAGAGAACUUGUUGACGAGCAACGGUAUAAUGGACCUUAGGCCGUCGUCAGAAUUUGUCCUCUCCUAUACAGACGAAUGUGAUUACAACGAGUUGCUUAAACGUACCUUCAAUCCCAUUGAUGAGAUAUUCCCCGAAGCAGCUUUCACUUUUCUCCUUGAAUUUUUUUCCAAGAGUCUAACUUGUCAGCAUUGGUAUGACGAGAUCGAGAGAUUGCUGGAUCCAGAACAUGAUCCAUUUAUUAAAAAUAUGAAGAGGUUCAUGUUUGAGGUUCUUCCUAUCUUUCUUGAUGCGUUUGCUAUGGGAUCUGAAAACCCAAUGAAGGAAAGGAAUAUGGGAGAAGAGGAGUACAUGACAGCAUUCAUCCAUCCCAUGUUGAAGAAAGCGCUUGGAAGAUUUGCGAACCUGCGAUAUAAGCUAGCAGACGGUAUCGCCUACACGUCAAACAAGAAGCCUUACGAAAUAUGUGUGGUCGAAGGGAGCAAACCUUACGAUACUGAGAACGGAAAAGAAACACAAGAUUUCAUCCAAAACGCCCGUGCCGCAAAAGAUAUGAUUAAUUUUCUAGUAACUCAAGAAGUCAAGCAGAAAAGGGCUCUGCCAACAUUCUUUCGAACCUUCAUGGUCCAAAGUUUCGAGACAAGUUUUUACAGAAUAUUUGAGAUUGAAGCCUGUGAGCUCCCAGUAGAUCUGGCGGAAAUGAAUUUGUUUCCUUUUCUUUUCCGUGCGGUCAUUACAUGGGCGAUCCUGGCAGGAAAUACUGAUAAAGAGUUUCAAACAUUUCGGAAUUCCAAACGAAGCUCAAGAGUCAGUAAUGCACAUAAUUUGAGAGUGCUUGCUCGAUUGCAGCAUAACAAGGCAC